AUGUGCAACUGCCCAGAAAUUUGGAAACUUUGGUCUUCGGAGAAGAAUAUGAUGCUUGGGCUGUUGGCAGAUCAGGGCCUAGACAACGUGCCUUGCCUGGACAGCUGGCUGGUGACUUUUCCCAAAUUGCGCACCUUGGUCCUGGGCCUGAGCUUUGACCAACCCCUGGAGACGGUGAAUUUGCCUCGGACGCUGCAGCAUCUGACGCUGGGGAGGAACUUCGACUGGCCCCUACAGCAGGUGAAGCUACCACAACUGCAGGUGCUGGAGUUUGGCGAGCUCUUCAACCAGAGUUUGGAUCAAGUCAAUCUGCCCAGUAGCCUACAGAAGUUGACCUUCGGCAGCGCCUUCAAUCAACGUUUGGAUCGUGUUGUGCUGCCGCAGAACUUGGAGUAUCUCUUCUUCGGUAACCACUUCAAUCAGAGCUUGGAGCAGGUGCAGCUUCCCAACAAACUCAAGGAGCUGAUUUUCGGAGAGCACUUCAAUCAAGACAUCCAACAGGUUUGUCUUCCCGACUGUCUCUUGGCCUCGAAGGUCUCGAAGGCGCAAUGGCCGACACCUGGAAGUGAUCCCGGAGCCACGGAUGGCAGAACGGACCUCCCAGAGAGGGAGCAUGGCCUGAUCGAUGAGCGAUCGCCGGUGUUGUUCGGGAACUUGGUGACCGUUGCUUCUCAGGCAGAAGGCUUCCCGGGGCUGGGGAAUCGCUUCAACUUCAGCCUCUGCGGCUGCCAACUGCCACAGUCGUUGAAGACGCUGAAGCUGGGCGAAGAUUUCAACCAAAGCUUGGAGGGCGUCAUUUUCCCAAGCACCCUUCAGACGUUGAGCUUCGCCCGAUGCUUCAACCAUCCCUUGGAGGCCGUGGAUUUGCCCUGCGGACUGCAGCACCUGACAUUUGGCACGGAUUUCAGCCAGAGCCUUCGCAACGUUCAGCUGCCAUGUUCACUGAAGAGCUUGGAGUUUGGUUCGCGUUUCUACGAAAGCUUCGAAGGCGUGAUGCUCCCUAAGGGACUCCAACAUUUGCACGUGAGCCCCCUCUAUGGCCACAACUUCGAAGAAGUCCAUGUGCCCGCUGGCAUUUGGGUCCUUCCCUACGGCACCUCGGAGCUGUGGAUAGUGACAAACUCGACGCACCUGGUUUUCCCAGAUAUCUUCGAUGAGAGCCUGGAACAGGUGAAGUUUCCCAGUCAGGUUGAGUCCAUCACAUUUGGUCGCUUCUUCAACCACGGCUUGCAGGCGAUAUUGCCUCAGCAACUGCAAUCUUUGACCUUCGGCCAUGAGUUCAAUCAGCCUUUGCGACACGUGGACUUUCCUGCGACCCUGCGGUCCAUGACUUUUGGAGGAUGCUUCAAUCAGAGCCUGGUGGGUGUGAAUCUUCCGAGUGGCCUGGAACUGUUGCGUUUCGGCCGCGAUUUUGACCAAAGCUUAAGGCACGUCCGGCUCCCACAAGGCGCGGCGUUAGGAUUGAAAGACCUCGUCUUCGGGGCCUACUUUGACCAACCCUUAGAGGACGUCGAUUUUCCCGAAGGUCUUGAAACCAUGACCUUUGGCAAGAAUUUCAGUCAAAAGCUCGAUGCCGUACAGCUUCCGGAGAACCUUCAGCUCUUAAGUUCCGCAGCCGCUUUGGGCGCCUCCACCCAGAAGGCGCCCAACGAACGAAAGGCCGCCUCCGUGACGCUGCGCAAGGCGUCCGGAAAGGUGUGGCGUGAUCCCACCUUGGAUGAUUGGCCUAAGGAGGACUACAGGCUCUUCUGUGGUGACUUGGGUAACGAGGUCACGGAUGAUUUGUUGGCAAACGCCUUCAGGAAGUACAGUUCUUUCCAGAAGGCCAAGGUGAUCCGAGACAAGCGUACCGGAAAGACCAAGGGCUAUGGUUUCGUCUCCUUCAGUGCACCCGAGGACAUGGUGGCCGCUCUGCGCGACGUGAACGGCCGCUAUGUGGGCAAUCGACCCGUGCGACUGAAGAAGAGCAACUGGAAGGACAAAGGUAUCGACUCUGAGAAGAACGGCGCCUCCUUGCUGCGAAAGCUGAGCUAUUGUAUUCCACAAGAUUCCAAGAAGUUGCAGAAGUUCAAAAAGCUGAAGAUCAAGCAGGAUCCCAACAUCCAGAAGGAACGUGUAAAGCUGGCGCGACAGCAAGAGGAGUUGGCGAAUAUGGCGCGAAAGAAGAAAUGA